AUGAUGAACUACGUGGGUAGUAUUUCAAUCCUUGAUCGGGGUGAUGCCCCCGCCCAGGCCAUCAUCGACAAAAAUGCUCGCUCACUGGCACAACGAGUGGCAGAUGAGACAAGGGAUGAAUUGGAGAAGGUCAUGACCCGAGUAGACAACAUUUAUGAAUCCUAUGAAGCAAGUACACAGGCCCUCAUGGAGACACAGUCUACACUUGAGUAUGUGGAGGAUAUAGCUGAACUGGAGGCCCUUAUCAAGGAUCAAAUCAAAAAGAAGAAGUACCAACAACAAGUGACAAUCUUCAUCGUUGGAUAUGAAAAUGUUUGUGGACAGAAGUUAAGACUACUACAGCAGGUUAACGAGUUUUUUAUGGAUAAUUCCAAGAGUUAUGAGGAAGAAGACUGGUACCCUAAAACACCGGACAUUGAUCUGGACGACUGCAGUAGUAAGAUUGAGGAGUCACUAACAACCGCAAAGGAACUGACAGAGAAAAUAUCUACCAUCAACGCCGAUAUGGUGGAAUGGCUGACGACAUACGCCAUCAAUAAGGCAUCCACUAAAGCUCUGAAUAUGGUUGAUAGCAAGAGCAAAAAGAAGCUUGAAUCAGCUUUAUCAAAGGCCAAGGAUGAUGUCAAGGCCAUCACAGACCAGUUAAAGUCAGCACUGUUAGCAAAUGACGAGAAGGAUGACCUGAUACAGACCUACCUUAAACAGCUGGAGGGGAAGACUCUAGAGGCUCAGAAGUUCAAGGCUGCAGCUGAAGUAGCCAAGAAAAACGUCCAAGGGUUGGAGGCCAAAGAGUUGGUCUACCAGGAAGAGUUAGAAAAACGAACAAGUGCUAUGAAACAGCUACAGGAAGAUCUACGUAAAAUGCAGAUGGAUGCCAGCCAGUCAAAGUUCCUCUCAGAAUUAAACUCAAAUCGUCUUAAAAAUAAAGACAGUGAAACAGCGGAAUAUGAAGCACUUCAGGAGGUCAAACUUGAUGAACUCCAAAGUGUCAUAGAAAGACACAGACUAGAGCUCCAAGAAUCCAAAAGAGAGUUAGAGGUUCUACACCAGGAUCAGCUCAAAGCUCUUCACGAAACCCAUGCUGCCGAUUUGGAGGCUAUGCGCGGAGAGUAUGCUGAUAUGAUUAAGAAACUGCAGGACGAUUUACUGGAGGCUAACUCGAAAGUGGAGGAAACAGAGAGGCUGGUAGCUGAUGCUACGGACGCGGCUGACAAAGCCCGUCAGGAUUUAUUAGCAAUACAGCUUGAAGGUUCUGCUGGAGAUUCCCGCCCCACCACAGAAAUUGAGUCACAACCCCCGGAGGCUGAGGAUGAUGGUGUGUCUAGAGACAGUUCUCGUCAGAAGAAAAAGCUACAAUUUGACCGUGCUAAGUCACGGUCACGUAGCCGGGAAAGUCGGCCAAGCACGAAAGACACUAGAUCUAGUAAAGGAGCCCCUACCAAGGUAACCGUGACACGGACCACACCGGCGGCUAAAACAGCGACAAAGCCCUCUAAACCAGAGUCAAAAUCACCUGUGAAACCAGUGAAAGAAACAGCUGAUGCUUCUAUACAAGAUGAGGGUGGAGAUCCCGUGUCUGCUCAUGCAGAGACUCGACAAAGUAAGAGGGCGAGAUCAACGCUGGAAACUGUUAAGGAAACGGACCACGGUGCUGAAUUUGAGGAUUCUUAUGAUCUUGCAGAUGAAAAUUCAUGGGCACUUGUUCCCGUGGAAACCAUACCUGGUCGUUUUGCACAAUACCGUAAAAUGACCAUCAGGAAACUGUCUGAACUAGAGGAACAGUUAGGUCUAACUGUCGCCAAAACCCAAAGAAAGGUCACGACCUUGAAGUCACAGUUCCAAGAACACAAGAGCAAGUGGGAAACGGAGAGAAAAGUGCUUAUAGAACAAGUAGAACAGGCUCAGAAACUUCAAACUGAGGCUGAGAAGGAAGCAGACGUCGCCAUGACGCAGCUGGAAGAAUUCAUCAACGAACAGGAAAGAUUGGAGGAGGAAGAAGAAGUGAAGAGACAGGAAGUUGUGAAGGGUGUGUCUAAACCAGUCAUGGUCAGUAUUCCUACUCAAAAUGAUGAUGAUGAGUCAGAGGUCGUGACUUCUAGCUCACCUAAGACCUUGACCCCCAUACAACCUGGAGCAGAGACAGGAGCACCGCCUCCAACCUUUGUACAGAGUGAAGAGUCAGAACAUGAACUUACCAAUCUCAUGCAACAAACAGAUGAUGCAAAGGUCCAGGUGAUGAAUGCCAGGAAGUCGUCUGGAGCGCUUUCAGCUCCUCCAGCGGUAGAACCUGAGUCGGAGACGAGAGACAAGACCCGGUCCAGUAUGUCCGCCCCACGCUCACCUCCUCUAUCUAGAUCGCGAGGGAGUGUUGUUUCUCAGUACGUCACCCGUGGAAUGACAGGAACAACUCCAAUUGAGGAAUUAUCGGAGGUGGGAUCUGCAUGUACAAGGAAAAGUCGGAGUCGGUCUGCAGGGUCAGGGUCUUGUAAAGAGUGGAUACUACAUGUCACACCCCGCUAUCAGUCACGACAGGGAAGCACAGUCAGCGGCCAUGAUAUAAUGGAUGCCUUUAUCGUUGAGGAUAAUCUUCCUAAAUGCCAGUCAUCGGCUCUAAAUAACAUGAAAAGUAUGAUGGAGGAAGAAAAUAUGUCCAGCGUGCAACAUCGUACUCUUGAAUCGGUGCGAUCUGCUCUCAAAACACUUAACGAGAAAGAUCAAGAGUUAUCUGACCUUCAGUUGGAACGAACAAUUACGCUUAUCUCCCUUGCAAGUCAGUUGACGGAGGAGUCAAUCCAACUCGGUGUUUUGCCUGAAAGUGUGUUUGAUGCUUUUGCCGAGAUCAACUCCCGUGCAAUGUCAAACAUGAGCCAUGGGGAAGAAGAAUUUCUAAUUGACGAUACCCCAGGGGGUGAACUGCUUCGACCAAUGACUCAGGGCUCUGUCCUCACAGAGCCUUCAAUCACAGAGACAUCUUCUGGCAGUUUGAAACAACUCCCUCCUCUCGAGUCCUUUCUUCUCUCCUCACAAUCUCGGCGUUUGACAGGAAGUCGGCAGAGGAGUCUUAAAAUGUCUUCUGCAUCUUUAGACAAUAUGUCCAAAUAUCAUGACAGACCUCGUGCAGAUUCAAACAUGACUUUGCAAGGUCCACUCAUGACCUUUGCUACCAUGGCAACUGGAGGAACUACGAGGAAAAGCAGUCCUAUAACGCCGAGGCCAAAGUCAGUGACAAAGAUGUUGUCGAGGUCCCAGUUGUCACGGACAAAGAAGACGGAUAUGGGCCUGACAUUCGGGUCACCAGAGUAUUUUGAAUAUCCAGGAAAUGAAGAGGGAUACCUGUAUCAUGGUAUCAAAGUUUGCGACCACGGAACCAGUCCGAUUUUCCAACUCAUUUUGUAUGAUAAUGGAACAAGUCCAAUGUAUCAGAUCAGCGAUGGAACUGAGGGCAGCAUACUGGCUUCUGGUUUCGCUGUAGUUUCUCUUCCACCUGAAACUGUCGAAAAUUCUGAACAUUCUAAUCAAUCUAACAUCAAUGUUUCGACUCAGUCUGAAAAUGGAAAAAAUUCUGAUGAUUCUGAAAUUUUUGAAAAUGAAGACAAUUCUGACUGUUUUUCAACUAUUGGAACUGUUCCGUUGGAAGAUUCUGACAAAACAGAAAAUUUAGAAAUGUUUAAAACUAUUGAAAAUAAUCAGUCUGACAGUGAAGGAAAUGACAUUGAUUUGGAAAACAUACGAAUCCCAGAAACUCUGACAGCUGUUGUGCCAAAGCAAGGGGAUUCGCACACAGUAGAGGAUUUAAGAAAUAUUCAAAUUGUCGAUGAUUUUAAACAAUUACAAGGGGUUGUUGAUGAUUUUGACCAAUCACGAGGGGUUGUUGAUAAUUUUGACCAAUCACCAGAGGUUGUUGAUGAUUUUGACCAAUCACAAGGGGUUGUAGAUGAUUUUGACCAAUCACGAGGGGUUGUUGAUGAUUUUGACCAAUCACCAGAGGUUGUUGAUGAUUUUGAUCAAUCACAGGGGACCAAUGAAAACCAGUCUAAGGAUGUAUUUGAAUCAUCGAGCCCCAACCAACCAGGUCAGGCUAUCAAUGAUGCAUGUAUAUUCUACCAGAAUGAUGUAGAUUUUGAAAAUGUGAACCACACUAAGAGUGGAGACUGUGAAGAGAAAAUCAGUCAGUCAGGCCUAAAGGUGUCUUUACCAGUCUCUGAUGUUAGCACAAAGGUCGAGAGUAAAGGUUCAUCAGCAACAUCAAGGUCAGAGGUCAAUGACUCGAAAUUUAUCAAGAAGGUUGAUAUUUCUUACCCAAAAGAUGAGCUUGUUGGUGAAAUUGAUGAUGAAAAAAAUUCAAAUAGGGGCCAUGGAGAUGUAGUGGAGGUCAAAGGUCAGGAGUCAGAUGAUGGCUCUCAGCACAAAGGCUCAGUAUCAUUUCUUGUCAAUGAAAUUAAAAAUAAUCCGUCUGAAGAUAUUGGGAAUGAUGCACUUAGAAUUGGAUUGAAAGUUGAAAGAUAUGAUCCAGAUGUUAAAAGUCAAAGAAAGGUCAUAAGGUCAAAGGUCAAAGUUUCAGAGGUCAUGACACAGCAGUUUGACUAUUCAUUGUAUGAUCUUGAGAAGUUAAAGGUCACUGGUCUGCCUUUAAAAAAAAAUGAUUCCACAGAUCUUGGUGAUGAUAGCCGACUCUCCAGCAGAGAACCAUUGAAAGCUAGGUUGUCAGAGAGUUCAGAUUUACCUGUCACAGAGAAACUUGUCACUAUCCCAGAACCAAGCAAACUGGAGAGUGAUCCAGUUCACUUCAAGAAAACAGACGUUCAUCCAAUAGUAAAUAGAGUUACAAGUUUGAAAUCACAUACAAGACAAAUGACUGAUCUAAAAACAAGGGGAGAUAACUCUGAUAAUUUAAUUAAAACUGACAAUGUUCAGAAGUUUCGUCCAGUACAGUGGCUUAGAGAAUCUAUAGAUGAGAACAGCAUACUUAACAUUGAUACAACGAUGCAAGGCAUCAUGGGAGAUUUUGUCACUCCCCCAGAGACCCAGACCCAGAUUGUGCCUAAAACAGAAGAAGAGAUUCGAGCAACGUCUGCACUUAGUCGAGCUUCAUUAAGGAAGGAAUAUCGUAACAAGUUGGGGGAGGUACGUGCAGCAGUCGAAGAUCGUCGUACAAAGUCGCCAGCAAUAUCCAUCCCUUCACAGCGAUCAUUGGAGGAAGACCAGCUAAUUGAUGAAGAUGACGAUGAUGAGAUACCGUACAAUGACAUUGAAGAUCUGAAGAGAGAACAGACAAUGGAGAUGGGAACAUCCCCACCCCCGGGACAGAAAAGUUCAUCAAAACUAUCACCAGUAAAUGCGGACCAUCCUAUCGUGACUGAAUACCUGCGCCUGUACGAGGGUGUGGUCCAAUUUAGGAAUGCCCUCAGCAAACUUAUGGUCGACAGAGAUAUGCUCCAGCCUAGUCAGAUUCUGGAGGAUAUUGAUACCAAAAAAUUCAUCAGCUCCAGUAAGUUGGAGCCUCAGAUUGAGGGCAUGACACACAAUGUUUAUCAUGUGUUCGAGGAGAUUCUUGCAGUAUUAUCUAACAUACUCCUGGCUGACCGGGAGCCAAUGGUAUCGUCCCUUACUGGGGGAGGUAUGAUGAUGUCCAGAGAUACUACGCAGGCUGUGGUUGGUCCCAAGUCUGCUGAGUCUGGGCGGGGUCCCACUGUUACACGUGCCAGUCACCACUCACAAUUCUCUGCCAAAAGUGAUGUUUCAGAUCGCAUUGCACUUCGAGAACUUCAGGAACAGUAUGACCGACUACAACAUCAGCUGUCAAGUGACACAAGAAAACACGAGGAACAACUCAGACACAAUACUGUGGUGAUGAUGGAGAUGCAGGACACCAUUAAUGAUUUACAACGUGAAUUGUCAAACCUCGGACGAUCGUCCAGUCGCCUCCGACCCCAAUCUGACACCACUUCACCCCAUGGCACAACUGAUUCUGCCAUCAUGUUUACAAGGCUUGACUCCGAGAGGAAUGCCAAAAUUAUGAAGAGGGCCGUUAAUGAUCAGAAAAUGAACACAGAAAAAUACAAGGAUGCCUUGGUAAAGAUGGAGGAUUACGUGGGACUACCAGCCCAGAGGUUUGCUCACCUUGUUCGUAAAUAUGUCCAUCAUAGCCGCAUGAAGGAAAUAGAAGAAAACGUCAAAAAGAGCAAAAGCCUAAAUGAGAAUGUGUUUGAAAUUCUGGACAAGAUGGAGGCACUUCAGAAUGAGCGCGCUAAGACUUGGGCGGACAAAAUGGACCAGAUGGGAUCAGAGAGAAUACGAUUGGCAAACCUUCUGAUGGAGACUUUAGACUCAAUAGAACAGGAGUCUGGAAUCUUCCUCAUCAAACCCAUGUACUCCUACCGGGGCAGGUUCAAAUACUUGAAUGCUCCUUUGACUAUUCGAGAUAUAAAAGAUGCUCGUUAUGGGGGUAAACUAACGCGACCAAUCAGGCCUCAGCGAAAUUUAUCACCAAACCGAGAGAAUCUCACUUCCUUUGCACCUGCGCCUACCCCUGCGUCGAAUAUGCGCAUGAUCAGAGGACAGCCUGUUCCAACAACGCAGUCUAUGACACAUGAAACGACAGUACCUAAACAAGAAGUACCACGCCCCCUUGAGGGAGAUGAGGGCGGUAUAUCUGGGGCAUCACUUAAUUGGGUUGGGACCACCCAAAAACAAACUUGGAGUAUGAACUCUUCUGUAGUGAGAGGAGACCCAGAAAAUUUUCUGAGCUCACAAAAUCCAAAUGCAAUGAACACUCCCCGUAUCUUAGAGCUGGAUAUAAACAGGAUGCUGAUUGGCCAAAACACUAUCAGUUCUAAGAUGACACAGCCAGGAAUGACAGAAGAUCGUCUUGUGAACGCCUCACAGAACAAUUUACGAUCGUACAUCACUGUUAACAGGCCGACAGCGCUACCAGGAAAUGCUCGACCUCGCUCCUUUGCAAGCUCAGCCACCAAGGAAUUUGUCCCUCCAUCAUCACCUGUAAGUCAGAAUACAAAGCGUGUGCGGUUGUCAGAUGGAGACAUGUCACGAAAUAUGACUAACACGCCUCCUCUACCACCUAUUGGUAGUGCCAGUACCCGUGAUAUUCCCGGCGAACCCCCUCGCAGUCCUCCAGGCUCUUCCAUGCGUCAGUCACCUCCCCAUGUACAGGAAGUGAUAUCGCCUUUGAAGUAAUAAAGGGAUGUUCCACGCUCUUCCAAUAGUGAUUCUCAAUCUGAUAUAGGUCACAUUAUUGACGUCUAUCUCCCAACAUUGAUGAGAUCGACACAUAUAUACAGGACACAGAUAUUCUGGGGAUGGUACUCACCAGGGGUGCACUGUCAACGGGAGACAAAUCAAUCUUUCAGCAGAUAUACAGAGUUACCUCCCUUCCGACCUGGUAUCUGUACCUCAGUGUUAAGGAGGUUUACCAGCAGUGGACUAUUAACUGUUUAUCAGAAAUUCACACUCUUAAUACAUUUAUAUAGAAAUUGUUAAUCCUAAUUUAUUGCCUUUAUUUUGCUGAAAAACUUGUCAUAUGACAAAAUGUACGUAUACAUAUACAGGGAACAACACUCAAUUGUUUCUGAAUCAGCUAGAGUGAAUAUUUCCUUACCGUCGUCAGUGAUAAUCUGAAGAUAUGGAAUUAUUUAUAUACAGGUGUAUUACACCUGUAUAUGUAUGUAACUCUUGAGUCAGUUUGAGUAUUUUGGUGACAACUUUAUAUAUAGGAAUGACCA